GUCAAAUAAUUUUAUUCGAACCUUCGUUCUGAAGAUAUCAGUUCAAGGAGAUUCACCACCGUGGUGCAUGGUCAUAUGCUGACCAUUCCUAUUGCUGCUUUGGGAGGAAUCCUUGGAUUCUCUUCUAAGGGCCUCGACAUCAUACAUCCCACAGAGUUUUGGAAGCAUGAGUUCAAUAUUUCUACUGAGUAUGGAAACUUCUCAACUCAACCCACUGGUGGCUCAGAAGUCCCUAUACCUAUUAGCUGGCUGCCACCAAGACUGAGAAUCUUCCACUAUUUCCUAACUCGUGUGAUCCUCCCUCGGACUUUCAAUCUUGAAAGAGUUCUGCCGAUGGAUCUUUGGAUCACCUCCUGCGCCACUGCUGGGCACAAGCUGGACAUCACUCAAAUAAUGUUUGGUGCUUUCCUCCCUGUUGGAGACGAGCACUAUCAAGGGCUUCUCCCUUUUGGAUCAAUCAUCACCCGCCUUUUGAUAAAGCUUGGAAUUGACCUCUCUGAUUAUCGUAGUGUGUCCUCCACUAUUUAUGUCAGUUCUUUGAAUGUCCUGAUGGUCUUAGACCUUCCCACUGACAUUCCACCUCCUCCUCUCCCCUCUGCUUCACUUCUUGGCCCUUACCCCAAGACUGCCUCUCAUGCUAAGAAAUCUAAGCCUCUCGGGGAAUCCAACAAAUCAGUCGGCCUUGUUUUUACCUUGUCUGAAGGAACAUCUUCCUCAGACGACUCUGCUGCAUCUGCACCUUACUAAGGAUUUCCUGCCUGCAGUUAUUUUGUAAUGCUGACCCAUAUGUGGACUUGCUUUGUUUUCAGCUUUUAUGUUUUCCUACUAGUAAUAGAACUUUUGUAAUGCG